AUGGACACGCGUGAGGAUGAACUUGUAUUGGACGAAAAAACGGGUGAGCUACGACACAAAAUACCACAUGACUUCAUAGUUGCAAAUGACGAUACAGAUUCAGAAAUCGAUGAAGAUCGUGCUGAAAAUGACAAUUUUUUAGAGCAACUUUACCCACCUGUACUCGAUAGCGACAUUGAAAUUGAAUCCGACAAAGAAAUUGGUGCUAGAUUCGAUUAUGUUGCCUCCAGCACUGGUGAAUGGAGAAUGGCCACGGAGGAAGACGGCGAUAUAUUUACUAUUCCAGUUUUUGAACAUGAACCUGGACCAACUUUCGAACUGCCUUCAUAUGCUCGUGAGGUGGAAUAUUUCUACAAAUUUAUCCCACCAGAACUGAUAGAACUGGCUUCCAUCAAGACUAAUAAAUACGCCAAAUAUCAUCAAAAAUGCAUUGCAAAAAAAUUAAAUGCCCGCUGGCAUAAUACAAAUCUCAGUAAAAUGCAAGCAUUCUUUGGUGUGAUGAUAUGUAUGGGUGUUGAUCACAAAUCGGCAAUCGACGAUUAUUGGUCGAGUGACCCCUUUCUGCAUAAUAUGGGAAUUGCAUCAGUAAUGACACGGGCCAGAUUUCAAAUGCUAAUGCAUUAUUUUCAUUUAGCUGAUCCAGUAAAUGACCCACGACAGGAUCCUGACAUUGAACGUCGUCGUCAACGAUCAGAGGCCGACCCGUUGUAUAAAAUCAACCCGUGGAUGAAACCCGUACUUGAAAAUUGUCGGUGA